GGCAUUUAUUGUUUUUCAACUGACAGCAUAUAUCUUACCAAUACCAAGCUUAUUUUAUAAUGUAGUACAAUGUAUGCAUAUAGCUCCUUGCUAUACGUACGCGAUAAAUGUUAUCUUUCUUUUCUCCUCUUUUCUUCUUUUGACUACUCUUUCUUAUGGCAUACCUUGUUUUACCCAAACUGCUCUAUGUCUCUCUGUAUUCGAUGUAUGGCUCAGCAAUAGCCUAUUUGACACUAUUUUACAGUCAAGUACUACAUUUAAGUUUUCGUCAAAUCGGACUUCUUUUAGCAAUUGCCCCAUUUGUCCAGGUAGUUGCGUGUCCUUUCUGGGCAGUUUUGGUAGAGAAAUAUCCAAAGUCGCGCAGUUUAGUUGUAGGUAUGUUAGCAAUGAUUGGAGGCUCAGGCAUCCUGCUGCUUUACUUUUUGCCGGAAUGGACACAAGAUAAUCGUUCAUUUAUGAUGGUCUUGAUCUGUGCAUUUAUGCUUGCCUUCUUUGUUGGUCCCAUUUGUGCCUUGGUAGACAGUUCGGUCCUCAAAUUAUUAAGAAACAGAAAAACACUUUAUGGCAAUCAACGACUUUGGGGAUAUAUCUCUCACAGUGUGUUUACGAUGUUAGUUGGGAUCCUCAUUUUGAAAUAUGGGAUUUAUGUCUCUUUUGGUAUUUUUUUUGUGGGGCUAGUGAUAUUCGUGAUAUUAUCUGUGUUUACUCAUAUGACAACAACAUACAAUGAGCCUUUGUUAGGCAGAAACAUGACUGGGAAACCAAGUGACAGGUAUGAUUCAGUCCUAUAUUCCACUUCUUCUUUGGCCAUGGACGCACAAAUAGAGGCCAACAACGAAUUACAUACAUCAGGUGCCAUUCCUCCUUUAGGUUUAGUGUUAUCCUAUAUCCCAACAAACGAUACCUGUCUGUCCUCUCUGGGAAUGGUACAUCAAGCAAACCAAUUACCAGAAAAAUCCAUAUUAAAAACAAUCCUUGUUUAUACGUUCAUGAUUUCUAUUUUCCUUUAUGGCUUGGCACAUGCAAUGAUAAACCAAUUUUUGUUCCUCUUGCUGAGCGACUUUGGCUUGAACCCGUGUCUGAUAGGGUUGACGGGACCAAUAGGUGGCUUGGCUGAACUGAUUACUUUUUGGCUUUCUAGAGAGCUAUUUGAUAAAUACAGUGUCACUUUUCUUAUGACCAUGGCCUACUUGUCAUUUAUAUUUCGCGCUAUAGUAUACACGUGCCUAAGUUCAUAUGAAACUAAAUCGAUCGUCGCUGCUUUAAUACUCCAGCUUUUGAACGGUUUCGUAUAUGCCUUAGUCUGGUCCACAACUAUGUUUGAAAUGGACGUUUUUUUUCCUGCAAAUCAAAAAGAAGUAGCUCAAGGUAUCUCGGCAAUCUUGUUUUCUGGCAUAAGCUAUGGUAUAGCCUCUGUACUGGCGUGA